UCCCCGGCACACACACACUCACGGCUGCUUCCAUCUCUCCAUGCAGUUCACUUCAUUGUACUGACUGUGCGCAUCAAUUAGACAAGAAUUAAGCCCUUUUAGAUGCAAUCAUUGUCUUUUAGCACUUCGAAGAGGAUUAUAUAUUGCGGGCAGAGGCUCAGAUAAGUUUUCAGUGCGGGAAAGCGGAGAGAAACGAAACGCAGUUAUGCCCUCAGUGAUGGAGCGCUCGGGGGCUGGGGUCCUGUCCAGGAGCAGAGCCAAAACUGUUACCAACGGAAACAGCCAACCACAUUCUGAGGAGGAGAGCAGCGAUGAAGAGCAUGCACAUGACAGCAUGAUCAGAGUGGGAGGAGACUACCAAGCACAGAUCCCAGAGUUCAAACCAGACAGUCCAACCCGCUACAAUGAAAAGGACCAGAGGAGCAUGUUGGUCUGGUGUCCCAACAGUCAGCUCUCUGAUGCAGUGUUGGAUGAGUAUAUUCUAAUGGCUAAAGAAAAACAUGGAUACAACAUGGAGCAGGCUCUGGGCAUGUUAUUGUGGCAUAAACAUGACGUGGAGCGCUCGCUGGCCGACUUGGCCAACUUCACGCCCUUCCCAGAUGAGUGGACAGUAGAAGAUAAAGUGCUGUUCGAGCAGGCUUUCAGCUUCCAUGGAAAGAGCUUUCACCGCAUUCAGCAGAUGCUUCCAGACAAGUUGAUCUCGAGCCUUGUAAAGUAUUACUACAGCUGGAAGAAGACCAGGACCAGGACUUCCGUCAUGGACCGGCAGGCCAGAAGGCUGAUUAACAAGAGGGAGAAAGAUGACAGUAAUGAUGAGGUUGAAGAAGGAGAGCCAGGCAGUGACAGUGACUUUGAGCUUGACACCAAGAAAGAGGCGGUAAAGCAGAACCCCAGCAGCACCAGCUCAGACAAAGUCACCCCGAGUCGCUCUGGACCAGUGAAGAAGGAGAGUGUCGGGGCUCAGUACAGACACCACCCGCUCAGAGCGCGACGCCGGCCGCCUAAAGGCAUGCACCUGGAGCAGGGAGACAUCAUGGCUCUGUCAGCCUCCCAUGAUGCUGGAGUUGUAACUGUACGUCAGCUGGACACACAGCUGGUUUCACUCAAGAGACAGGUUCAGUCUAUUAAACAAAACAACAGCAGCAUGAAACACAGCCUUAGUGAGGGUAUUGAUGGAUUCAAAUCUAAUGAGCCCGCCCCCAAAAUGAACUCUCGUUGGACUACAGAGGAGCAGCUCCUGGCCGUGCAGGCCAUCCGUCGGUACGGCAAAGACUUCACAGCCAUCGCUGAAGUGAUAGGCACUAAGACACCAGCUCAGGUGAGCUCUUUUUUUGUGAGCUACCGGCGGCGGUUCAACCUCGACGAGGUGCUGAGGGAGUGGGCAGCCGAGCAGGUGGCAACCAGCCGGGACCAGAGAGACCCCAGGAGGAGCGAGGAGGUGGCAGCAGCUGCAGAGGGAGGCGCAGAGGAGGAAGAGGUCAAAAUGGAGGACUCUUCCCCAGACACAGCAAGCAGCUCUCCUCCCCCCUCCUCCACCCAGGCCACAUCCUCCCUCUCCCAGCCCCCUCCACUGCUGCGCCCGGCUCCUCCUUCAGCCCCCCCAAGCCUCCUUCGUCAGCCGCCUCCUCUUCAGACACGACCUCUCCAGAGCCGAGCGCCCCAUAACCACCCACCCCCUCCACUCAUCCGGCCUGCAGUGACCUCCUCCUCAAGCCUCAGGGGUUCUCCUCCCAGCUCCUCCUCUUCCUCAUCCAUUGCAACCCAGAUGCCUCCAUCAUUGGUCGGGCUUAAAGUGGAGCAGCCAAACUCACACUGAUACACUCACGGGAAUAGAAACACAUACACAAAUUGGCACGCACACACUCAGACUUUGAUGCUUUCUGACUAAAUCACCCUUAUCUGUUAGUCCUGGGAUAAUUAUACAUCAUGUAAUAAACAAAACACACUGAAGGUGACAUUAGUUAUUAUAUAUCUUCAUUUGGUGGUCAGAAGCAUCUCUACUGUAUUUACAAACACCUACCUCCAACCCUUAGUUCUCUAGCACACAUGGCACCAACAGCUAGGAACGUAAAACUAACACUACAUGUGCACACACAUCACUUACCAAAUGAAAAAACAGACACUGCAUCCUCUAGCUUACAAAGAAAGCCAUGACCACAAAUAGAAAACCCACCUGCUCGUCUCCAUGGAAACAGCUGAACAUCUGGAUUGUGUAGGAAUAUGGUCAAACAUAAACAUAUCUGUAUUGUUUUAUCUGCUGGUAUGAAGGCAUGUGACCUUCAGGGAAAAAGAAAAAUGUAAGAGAGAUGAAGAUGUAGGUGGUGUUCACUACAUCUAAGCCAAACCUGCUCCUUAUAACGGGUGUGAAGAAACUUAUUGCUUUCCCUUGGGAGUUUUGCUUUAAAAUGUAGACCCAGAAAGGUGCAAAAGUUACUUUUACAGAGAAACUGGAUUUCAUAACCCUGCUGAGUUUAUUGUUCUGAGUUUUGAUGGUUAACUCUGUUUUCCAGUUAAGCAAAAAUGGAAAAAGAAGAGCUGGAGAUAACACUGGCCUCUUCUCUCAUAGCCAUGUAUUACUAGUAUUGACUGGAGUAAUGCUAAACUUUUGUUGACUAGGUGAGCCGUAGUUGGCGGUUAGUUGCCGUAAGUAGUUUAGAUUGUGCAAACUUAAUUAUGAUUGUUUGAGCACUAAAGGAGAAAAGGAGUCAAUUGAAACUUGUGACUGGAUUUCAUUAUUCUGCAGCCUUUCACCCAAGAAAGGUGAACUGGGUGCGUUAAAGAGCAGCUGAAAACAUACCUGUGUGGCGUGUAAAGGACUUCAGUUUGAACAUGACCUUUCCUGACCUCCAUACAUAUGUCCACUGAAAAAUUUUAAUGCCAAAGGCUGAAAAAGCACAUUGUCUCAGAUUCAUGUCUCUGAGCUGUUGGGUACCAGAAAAGUCUCAUGUUCUACAUUGAUUUGCUUUACCUGUAAGACACCAGAAAGCGGACAUAUUUUCAUUUUUUUUUAUGAUUGCCUCUAAAGAGAGGAGGUGCGAAUAGAUCUGGAAGAAGUUUCUGCUCUACAAUAAACCAUUUUUUUUAUUUGCAGUUUUCUGCCUCAUCUGGUGAUGUCUGAGAAAGUAGAUGCCUCUGAAAUAUUUUUGUGAAACUAACUGUUAAAGAUGUUUUCUGCCCGAUGCCAGAACAGUAUGUCCUCUCAUCUGAGGUCACAUGUUCGUGUCAGCUGUUGAGUUCUGCUCCUUUCUGUUCUCUCCUUGUGUUGUUGGAAGAGAAAUUCAUUGUUCGGUUUGACUGAAUGUAAGUGGUCAGUCAUUUUGGCUUUACAGUGGUUUGCCCUUGACUUGUUGCAUUUGUUCCUUUCUCCAAGAACUGCUUGUGUGUAAUGUGAAAAGUUGUUUACACUGUGGAAACAGAACUGUUUGUGUUUAAAGAAUAAAAUUUUUGAAUAAAAAUGAUCUGUC